GGAUUUGAUCCGCACUGUGACACGCCUGUCGAGAUUCUCCAUGUAGUGCUGCUUGGUGUUGUGAAGUACUGGUGGCAAGAUUCUGGGGGCCGGGCAACACUCAAAUCUCAGUUAUCCAGCUGUGACAUGGCCAAUCUCGGAGGUUCGACACCACGUGGGCAUACACUGGUGCAAUAUGCAGGCUUGUUGGUAGGGCGAGAUUUUCGGGUUGUCCUCCAGGUUGCACCAAUGGUCCUCCAUGGACUAGUCCCUGAUGUCGUGUAUAACGCCUGGAUGGUGUUAUGUCAGCUCACACCCUUGGUGUUCCAGCCAGAGAUCAACAAUGUACCGGAUUUCAUGGCAACUCUGAAACCCGCAGUCGAAAACUUCUUGAUGGCUGCGGUUCGUUGGAACACGUUGUGGUUCAACAAGCCAAAGUUCUAUCUAUUCGUGCACAUUGUCGACCAUAUCCUUCGCUUCGGACCGGCUCCAUUGUAUGCCACAAAGAUGUUCGAGCCCUACAAUCUCGUCAUUUGA